AUGACACGUCUGAAACGCGCUGUCGAUAAUACAAAGUCUCAAAUUCUACGAGAGCACGCUCUCGGUGCCAUUGCCAGCAUUCUCAGACACCCUGGUGAGUUCAUUUUUUUUCUCUCUCUCUGGCCCGUGUUUCUGUCCCAGAGUUGAAAUAUUCACGUUUAUCUGUAAACAAAAAGUGCCUCGUGUUGUAUACUGACUGAUUCGAGCCCAGGAUGUGCUUUCUCCGUAAGUUGGUCGCUGGAAACGCCAUUCUUCGGUGCUCAGGUUUUGCAUUGUUGACGUCUCUCGUUGGCCUCUUGUUGGCGGCUGCUACAAUGCCCUCUUGUCUGAACCGUGGCAAUUUCAAUCUUCUCGGCAGACGCCCGUUUGACACCCUCCAACAGCGUGGCCACUCCUCCGGAGCUGAAUCUGUAUUGAGCGUUGCGAACAUAUUGAUUAAAUCGGUCUAUUCAAGAGCUUUGAUGUCCGGGGGCGUUGGGUUCUGCCACUUCACCCUAUCCUCUGAAGGCGGCCGAAGUGGAAGCGGUUCGACUCCGUCAUUUUCCAAGUUCCCGUUCCGUAGAGCAGUUUUGUCAGGGCGACGGUGAUACUGCUUGCCUUUCGCAACCUUAUCGUUGAUUUCGAUGUUUCUAGAGAUAGCGUUUUCCAGAGAAGAAUUGGUUCACGGCGGUGGACCGUCCCGCCGACAGUGACUAAGCGCUUCGCAUAUCCCGCAGUUGCUUCUAGCUCUGAUGUUUAGGUCAGUAUAUUUUAAGAGUAAUAGGCAAUGCCUUUGAAAACCCUAUUGUAAACUGUACAUGCAAUAUUUCACUUUAAAUAAAUAUGGUACUGAAAUGUUGUCAGUAAUAUAUGCAUCUAACAUAAUAUUUUCCGUGGAAAUGUAGAACCAAAACUUGAGAACAGAUGAUUUCAGUAAAAUGUUAUGAAAGUCAUCCGCAUCAGCGGUAUGAGUAUGCAAGGCUUUGGUUUAGCACCACAGAGCUGUUCUGUCCAGACAAUCGAUAGUGUCCAAGCAAAUAUGCAUCGAGUCUUUGCUUGAACGUCUCCGUGGUAUCCGCCAUUAUUACGUCCUCGGGAAGCCCGUUCCAGGCACCGACGACUCGCUGUGAAAAACAGUAUUUGCGAACAUCCAGGCGGCACCGGGAUCCUCUAAGUUUUAGAGAGUUCCCAUGCAGGUUUGUUGUUGCGGCCAGGGUGAGGAAAUCGUCGGGGUUUAGGGCACAUUCCCGGUUCCUCAAUAUCCGAUAGGCCUGUAUGAGAUCCCCUCGAACCUGCCUGUACUCAAGAGGAAAAAGUUUAAGUUCCCUAAGUCGGCAGUUGUAAGGUAAAGUCCUGAGGCCUUUUACAAUUUUCGUUGCUCUCCUCUGAACUCUUUCGAGCAACUUAUAGUCUUUAUUUAGCCACGGGCGCCACGCUUGGAUUCCAUAUUCCAAAUGCGAACGAAUGAACGCUCCGUAUACUUUUCCAAAUAACUCUUUGUCUAUGUCCACGAAAGAUCGUUUAAUGGCAAAGAGAACACUAUUUGCUCUUUUGGACGCCCUAACACACUGAGAUGAAGGCUUAAGGGUCGACAAAAUGUUAAUCCCAAGAUCUUUUUGUUCGAUUACAUUUGAGAGGCACCUUCCACCAAGUUGGUAAUGGUGAUCCUCUCCGUCAGCUCUUCCAGUCGUUUUGAGUCGCAGCGCGACGCACUUCUCAAGGUUAAACUUUAGCAGCCAUUUGUCCGACCAUUCGCAUAGGCGGUUCAGUCCUUCUUGCAGGGCCCGUUCAUCAUGUUCGCCGUUGAUCGCUCGCCAUAACUUGAUGUCGUCAGCAAACAUGACUCCAUUGCAGUCCAGUCCAUUCAUACAGUCGUUGACAUAAAUUAAAAAUAGUACUGGUCCGAGUACGGAGCCCUGCGGAACUCCACUCGCAACUGGCACUGGCGUUGACUUCGUAUUACCAAUACACACAGACUGUGAUCGACCAGUCAGAAAGUCCUUUAUCCAGUUUAAUAGGUUUCCUCUUAUCCCUGAUUCUCGGACCUUGUAAAGUAACCGGUGGUGUGGAACACUAUCAAAGGCUUUCUUGAAAUCUAUGUACACGAUAUCGACCUUUGUUCCUGCGUCUAACGAGCGAGACCACUGUUCCGUUGAAUGAAGCAUAUUAGUUAGGCAGGAGUGAUUUCUUCGAAAGCCGUGCUGAGAACUAGCAAAGAAAUUAUUUUCUGCCAGGAACUUCAUUAUGGAUUUUUUGACUAUUCUCUCCAUGACUUUGCAACAAAUGCACGUUAGGCUCACCGUCCGAUAAUUGUUUGUACUUGUUCUGGAUCCCCCCUUGUGAAUGGGGUAUAUGUUGGCCACUUUCCAAUCAGAGGGGAGAAUGCCUCGGUCAAAGGACGACCUAAAGAUGUGCCAAAGCGGUUUGGCGAGUUCGCAAGCCAACGCCUUCAGGACUUUUGCCGGAAUUUGGUCUGGGCCCGGAGACUUGCCCUCCUGAAGCGCUAGAAGUUCCUUCCUCACAUCUUCUUCCGUGAAGUCGAUGUUUUCUAUUACUUCGUCGGUUGUCCCAGCAGGAGAUCCAGCCUCGUCAAAGUCCGUUUCAUCAGUGAAAACCGAUACGAAAAACCGGCUUAGAUGUUCUGCCUUAGCGUCAUUUUCGAUGAUAUCCUCAUCGUUUUCUCCUUUCAACACUGCGACCGUCUCCUUGUUCUUUAACUUACUGUUUAUGUAGCUGAAGAGCACUUUUGGCUUAUCGACGGCCCGUUCCAUAACUCGCAUUUCAUACUCCUUCCGCGACCUGCGGAUAGCCCCCCUUACCUCGUUUCGCUUUCGACGAAAUUGCUCGUAAUGGGAUGGUUGUUUUGUUGUUGCAUACCUUCGCCAUAGUUUGUUCGUCCGGUUUACUUCUUUCUUUAUAUCCCGCGUUAUCCAGGCAGGACGAUUAUUCUUUUUGACUCUUUUUGUCGGACAGUUUUGAUGCAUGAUGUCUGUUACAACUCCUUUGAAAUUGAUCCAAUCAACGUCUGGAUGUCCGGAAAGAAAGUCAUCCCAGUCCACUACCGAUAAUUCCCUUCUCAUGGCGGCAAAAUCUCCUCGCCAGAAAUUCAGUCUAGGCUCAGUCGUAUUCGCUUGUUGGCUGCAUAGGCGGUAUUCCCAAAGCAGCAUGACAUGGUCACUCUUACCGAGCGGUGUUAUGGACCUAAGUUCGCCAGGGACAAUCGGGUCUUUUGUAAGGACGAGGUCCAGACAAUUCGCUCUUUGGUCCUCUCUGAUUCUGGUUGGGAACGCGACGUUUUGUACCAGAAAGAGAUUAGCCGUUAGCUUCAAGAGCCUGGAAUCGAAGGAAUUUCGCGAGCCAUUUACUAACAAAUUGUUCCAGUCGACCAUGGGUGCGUUGAAAUCCCCGGUUAUCAGUACCUCUUGGUUUUGUGACACCUCUUUAAUUAGCCCAAACAUCGCAUCGUCAACCUCAUCAGUUUGAUUGGGCGGCCUGUAUACGGUCAGGAAAUUCAAAUUGGGUGCGCCACGCAUCCUCAGUUUUAACCACAUUGCUUCCCAGUCGCCGGAGCAAUCGGUUUUGUGUUCCGACGCGAUGAUUCCUCUCUUGAUGUAGACCGCUAUUCCUCCUCCUUUUCUAUGCAGUCUGUCCCGGCGAAAAAGUUGGUAUCCCUCAAGUUUUAUUUCGGCAUCCAAGACUUCGGUCUGGAACCAAGUCUCUGUGAUAGAAAUGACAUCCGGCUGCGUAUCUACUAUCCAUACUUUCAGCUCAUCUAGCUUAUGAAACAAACUCUGAGCAUUUGCAUAAAGAAAGCGGAGCUUAGACCGGGCAGAUUCCCGAACGAUUCUUGGGCCGAAGUUGCUGGAUACUUCGCGCGGGUUUUCGGGUCUAUCGUCCUCUUCCGAGUCUACUGCUGUUUGAUUGGACUGGAUGUUAGUGUGUUGUCCGUCGUUUUCUCUGAUCGGUUUGUCAGAUAGGGGCGUUCUUUCCUUAUUAUCUGGUUGUUCAUUAUGCUCAGUGUAAUUGGUUGUUUCCAGAGGAAUGAGCUCCGAACAUUUACGAUUUUGCCAUUCAUUAUUCUUCGGUUUUUCUCGCCGGAAUUGUAUCUUCUGAGGAGUUCGGCCUUGAGUUCCCUCCAUUUCUCCCGUUCGGCCGGUGAGAAAUCCCGCUGAAAAAAAAUUGUUGGGUGGGCAUUUCGCAAUGCUGGUUUCCUAUUCAGCAGUAAUAGUGCUUGUUCCUCACUUUCGAGAAUAAUUUUUAAUGGUCUGUGAUGGCCCGACUCGCCCUCCAAAUCCUUAAUGGGUCCUAUCCUGAAAGCUUUCAAUACGGUGAUGUUCUCGUUCUCUUGUAAUAGGGAUUUGAGGUAUUGCUGGAAUAAUUAUAUAUCGUGGCUUAUUCUGUUGUUUGGGAUGUCUGAAGAAGACUCAGGCAUACCCUUUACGAUGAUGCAUUUAUUGCGAUCAAUAGGGCGCUGUCGUUUGUUUUUAUACGCACAGUUGGCAUCGCGAAAGUUUUUGUUGUCAUCAAUGUCCCCUUCAGAGACAGUUGUCAUGGUAUAGCUACCGCAGGGUUCCUCGUUUAUCGAGGCUUCCUAGUCAUGUGGCACCUCUUGCGUCAGUGAGGCAUCUUGUCUUCUGUGUGGACUCUGCUCUCCACUGGUGGUGCUCUGACAUACUUGAUCUUUUUGGGAUGCUUUGAGACGUCUCCUGGUUUUUUGUGAUGCCCUUCGGUUAUUUUGCGCUCGCACAUGAGAUAGGGUCUCGGUUGCAAUGGUGGCGCAUUCCAAGGCGCGUGUAUGUUAAGCCUCCGCUGCACGACAGCUGUAGUGCUCGACCUGCGGCUGUCGACGAAAAGGUCCGUUAUCUUGCCCUUAAGGCCUUUCGAGAAGGCGUGCGUUCACAGCGAAGGCUUCCCAUCGGUUUGGUAGUUGAUAUCUCAUCCUUCACGACGGACGUCCACCAGUGCUAGAGAAAACAUGAAGCUGACGAGGUUUAGGCUGAGCGUGUAGGUCUGCCUCUCCUCAUUUGUUAUCUGGAUUGCUUCUGAGAUGGACUUAUCAUCUCUGAUGCGACCCAUUUUACCGCUACGCAGUCGUCCUCAUCUCGUCAUUAUUUUCUACGGCACUUUUAAGCCGGUGAUGUCGACAGCCUAGAUGAGAUCGACACACGUCGCGAAAACCAACUUCUCGUCUGCCAUUGUUCUGUCGUUGCUGCCUAAUGAAAAUCAUGUUGGUCACUCCGAAGUUUGUUGCCGGAAGAGGAGGUCCUCGGUCAAGGCCUAAGAUCAAGCGGCCGAAGAUCUUGUCAGGAAUGCUGUGAUAAGAGUCUCAUGUUGAUUCCUGAAGAUGUAUCGGUUUCUUUCCAGCUUCUGGGAGUCCACGAUAAUGUCGUCCUUAGGGUUUUUUGUCGGCAUAUUUCGUGAAAAUAACGAAGCGCGUUUGUCCCAAAGUUGUGGACCAUCGUAUUAGUAGACCUUGAACUGGGAUUAGGUUGGACUUCGAGGUUUUUCCACUAUAAGCCUGUUGCACGACUCCGAUCUCCUGCAGAGCGGACGGGCGACCAGCUCCAACAUUGAAUUAAGUGAAAAACCAGUCUUUGUGACUUUCGCAAAGACUGCGCAUGGAUGGCUGAGAACGCGAUUUUUCGGACACUAAAGGUUAUUCCAUCUGAGCUGAACAGCGGCAUAGUUCCUGUGAAUUGAGGGCCUCCCAGUGCUUUAAUGGCCCUGAUUCGGUUCUCCACUUUACAACAAUCAGUUGAACUUCCCUGUUCGUUUAUCGCUUCUCCCGCAUCGUCAUUUGCAGUUCAUGCUGUUUGCGCAGGACCUUUUGGAGCUUGUUUUUACUGAGAUUCUUCGUCUCCGUCAAACCCGUCCGGGGAGGGGGGGAGAUCCGAGGAGUUUCGCGAUGCCGACACUUGAUCUUGCUGUUGGUCGCCUCAGAGAGUGCCACCGCCCUGAUGGAUUCCUCUUUUUUUCUCUUUGUGGGUGACUACAGGGCUGUUGUUCUAAGGCCGUAAGGUACCCGUCCUUUGUUAGCUAGUCCCAGAUAUCGGGACUUCUUUUGGCAGUCCUACAAGUGGUCAUGACUUUUACACAGACAUGAUCCCAUGAGUGUUUUUGUUUUGCAAGAAGAGGCUUUGGUGGGGUUUUCAUUUCUGACGCAAACAUCCUUGACGUCUUGUGGGGGCUGUUAAGCUAAAAUGCAUAUGCUGAUCGGGUUAUACUGAUUUAAAUUAAAGUUAUUUGCUUGUUUUGACAGAGUUUGUGAACAUUGUGCGUGACCAACUACACCAGCUGGUGCAAGCCUACGCAAGCUCUGGUGCGUCAAGCCUACGUGAGUGGUCUUCGGCCUUGCUGAAGGGUCUCUAG